AUGCUUAAAAAUUAAAAAAGUAAUUCAGUGGCUCUGUUAAGAAUAGGCACUUUGUUCAUACUCAUAGCAUUCAUAUACUGCCAGAGUUAAUGGAGAACCAGUUGUGUUCAAUGCUUAUUUCAUGGAUAUUAGCAUUGCAAUGUUUCGUCAUCGAAUGCCCAAGUCUGUGCAACAUCAAUCACAGCAUCAAGCUGUAAAUAGACUGUAAGUCUUACUUUUGAUCAAUGCGUUGGGGGCAAUGAUGACAUCUGUAAUUCUAAUUUUACUAUCACUUAAAGAAAGAACUAAACUUUUGACUUUGCUGUGGGUCCCCUCUAAUAUUGUCUUGUUGCAGUCAAGAAUACAGCAGGUACAGAUAUGAGUCUUGAAGUAAAUAAAGUUCAAACAAACCUAUACCCCUAUCCAUUACUAUAUUCGAAAACAACAUCAAUUCUUAAAAAAGAUUUAGCAACUCUUAACAAAACUCUCUUCAUUCCAGCUGGUGAUGGCUAAGCAGUUAUGAUUAUCAGUAACGACUCUCUCCCAAAAACAUUCAAGGUGACUCUAUACAAGGAUGCCAUUUAUUUGCAGAGUUUGCUUAUUAAUAGUUUGAUUUUAUCAGCGUUGCUAUUGACAUUAAUGUGA